CAUGGCUGUGAUGUCACCGGCUGACUUUCCCAUUUGCAGCCGAGCGAUGCGUUGCUAGGACGGGCGGAGGUGUUGUGUCCUGUAGGGCUCUCCGUACACGGCCAGGGACGGGAAGGAGCUCACACAGCACUAUACACACGUAUGGAGGUGAGGGGGGCGAACUGACCGGAGCAUGGCGGAGCGGAGGAGACACGGUGACAGUUUGUGAAAGACUGAUGACACUCGCAUCUUGGUUUCUUGAUUUCUUAUUUUGCAACAUCAUUUUUCAGUAGAAUCUUUUGUAUUUUUAUUUUUUUCCCUUGCUAUGAAAAAAUUGGCCUAUUUUAAGGUGGUAUUGGCCACCUCGCUGGUUUGGGUCUUUUUGGAUAUAUUUUUGCUGCUGUACUUCAGUGAAUGCAACAAAUGUGAGGAUAAGGAGCGGGGCUUGCCUGCAGGAGAUGGUCCUGGUGUUCAGAAACCACACGAAGGUCCAGGAGAAAUGGGGAAGCCUGUUGUUGUACCUAAAGAGGACCAAGAGCAGAUGAGGGAAAAGUUUAAAAUCAAUCAGUUCAAUUUAAUGGCCAGUGAGAUGAUAGCACUGAACAGAACUCUACCUGAUGUACGGCUAGAAGGGUGUAAAACAAAACUAUAUCCUGAUAAUUUACCAUCAACAAGUGUUGUAAUCGUGUUUCACAAUGAAGCCUGGACAACAUUACUAAGGACAGUGCACAGUGUUAUAAAUAGAUCUCCACGACACCUUCUUGAAGAGAUCAUUCUUGUGGAUGAUGCUAGUGAACGAGAUUUUUUGAAAAGACCACUGGAAAUAUAUGUCAGAAAGCUGAAAGUACCUGUACAUGUACUUCGCAUGGAGCAACGUUCAGGCCUGAUUAGAGCCAGACUUAAAGGUGCUGCUGCUUCCAAAGGACAAGUCAUCACAUUUCUAGAUGCACAUUGUGAGUGUACAGUAGGCUGGCUGGAACCUUUGCUAGCACGGAUUAAACAUGACAGGAGGACGGUAGUAUGCCCCAUUAUUGAUGUCAUUAGCGAUGAUACUUUUGAAUAUAUGGCAGGUUCUGAUAUGACUUAUGGAGGGUUCAACUGGAAACUAAAUUUUAGGUGGUACCCUGUUCCUCAGCGUGAAAUGGAUCGGAGACGAGGAGACCGAACUCUUCCUGUGAGGACCCCUACUAUGGCAGGAGGCCUUUUCUCAAUCGACAGAGAUUAUUUUCAGGAGAUAGGAACAUAUGAUGCUGGAAUGGACAUAUGGGGUGGGGAAAAUUUAGAAAUAUCCUUUCGGAUAUGGCAGUGUGGAGGUACGCUUGAAAUCGUCACUUGCUCUCAUGUUGGUCAUGUUUUUCGAAAAGCAACCCCAUACACCUUUCCAGGUGGAACAGGGCAAAUCAUCAACAAAAACAACCGAAGACUGGCCGAAGUGUGGAUGGAUGAAUUCAAGAACUUCUUUUAUAUAAUUUCACCUGGGGUUACUAAGGUGGACUAUGGGGACAUAUCUUCAAGAGUAGGCUUGAGACACAAACUGCUGUGUAAGCCAUUUUCUUGGUACUUGGAAAACGUUUAUCCCGAUUCCCAGAUACCUCGCCAUUAUUACUCUCUAGGAGAGAUUAGAAAUGUAGAUACCAAUCAGUGUUUGGAUAAUAUGGCACGAAAGGAGAGUGAAAAAGUUGGUAUUUUUAACUGCCACGGAAUGGGAGGAAAUCAGGUCUUCUCAUACACAGCUAGCAAAGAAAUCCGGACAGAUGAUUUAUGCUUGGAUGUCUCCAAACUUAAUGGUCCAGUCAUAAUGCUAAAGUGCCACCAUUUGAGGGGUAAUCAGCUAUGGGAGUACGAUCAAGUGAAAUUAACAAUAGUCCAUGUAAACAGCAACCAGUGCCUGGACAAGGCAGCAGAAGAAGACAUUCAAGUCCCCAGCAUUAAAGACUGCAAUGGCAGCCGAUCUCAACAGUGGCUCUUGCGUAAUGUCACUCUGCCAGAAAACUUUUAAAAUAUCUUUGGCAAACACAAUGGAAGAAUUUAUAAAAUUUAGCAAAAUGAAUUGACUGCGCUACCUCUGCACAUGUGAAUUGCACAUCCUUGUGUGUCCAGAGAAGGAGACUGUUUUCUGCACCUGUAAGUACAGACCAGGAGCUCAUAUCAGCUCAAGACUAGCUCUUGGUUUUUUAGUAGCUGCAGAACUGCCCACCUCUAUGAGGAUGUAAAAUGGUAUACUUUGUGUCAGAACUGUGCACAUUGAAGUUUACAAGAAGGAAAUUUUUCCCUCAUCAAGGAAUUAUCUAGGAGAACUUGCCCAGUGCAAAUUAUUUAGGCAUUGGUCCCCAAGAGAACUGCAUAUCGGUACAGUCAGCUUGCACAUCUGUACCCUCCACACACAUGCGUCGGAAGGUGUAUGCCAAGCAACUGUGACUUUCUGUGGACUGUGUAUCAUCAUGCUUCAUCUUCAGAGUAAAGAAUGUACAGGACGGACAACUGCAAUUCCAAAUACAUCUCACAUUGUUUUUAUGUGUGAUAAACAGGGUUCAAAAGAUAAGAUAAACACAUAUAUCAAAAGUACAAUUUGUAAUAGCAAAAUAUCAGAUUUAUAUGUAGAUUUUUUUUUUACCUUUUGGGCAACAAUAACCAAUAAAAAAAAAUCGUGUUUCAGUUGUAUUCUAGUAACGGAUAGAAUCUAUUUUUCAUGAUUGGAAUAUUAAUUUUUAAAAGAGAGAAAUGCCGAGAUGUGGAUAGGGAAUGUCUUUUUAAAUGUUUGUUUUUCUUUUUAAAUUUCUUGUUUUUCUUUCUGUUUUUGGGGUACUGACCAAGGUCCAUAAUGUUUGUUCAACUUGCCUUCUAAAAUGCAGGAUUAAUAAUACCAUGCAAUGUAAGUGUUGUGUCAUCUAAUGUAUUCAGUCUCUGUUUUUGUCUGAAGAGUUUAGAAAGAAAAAAUUAUUUCCACAAUGAAAUGAUCAAAGCGGUUAAGAGUGACUGAUUGUUUGUAGUACCGAGGAUUCAUACUACUGUACAUUUUUUUUACACAGCAAUAAAUCUAGUUUGUUCUAGCCAA